GAGGAGAGGGGCGCGGGCGGCAGUUGCUGUGGUUUCCGUCCCGGUCUACGUGUCUCUGACUUGCGCAUCGUGGAAGUAGUGUCCCACGUCCAAGUCCCGCCAUCUGUAGCUGCAGAUCGGGAGGUUAGGGGGCCGGUGCCCUUCCUUCGGACCAGGACCUGCCUCCGCCUUGCCUGCGGCACUCAGUGCUCAUAGCUUCUCCGGGGCCUAGAUCGGCUCCGGGGCGGCUGAGAGGGCCACCGGCGAGAUGUUCAAAAACACGUUCCAGAGCGGCUUCCUCUCCAUCCUCUACAGCAUCGGCAGCAAGCCCCUGCAGAUCUGGGACAAAAAGGUGCGGAAUGGCCACAUCAAAAGAAUCACUGAUAACGACAUCCAGUCCCUGGUGCUGGAAAUUGAAGGAACAAAUGUCAGCACCACAUACAUUACAUGUCCUGCAGACCCUAAGAAGACGUUGGGAAUUAAACUUCCUUUCCUCGUCAUGAUUAUCAAAAACCUAAAGAAAUACUUCACCUUCGAGGUCCAGGUACUGGAUGACAAGAAUGUGCGUCGGCGGUUUCGGGCAAGCAACUACCAGAGCACCACCCGGGUCAAGCCCUUCAUCUGUACCAUGCCCAUGCGGCUGGAUGAUGGCUGGAACCAGAUUCAGUUCAACCUGUCGGACUUCACCCGGCGAGCAUACGGCACCAAUUACAUCGAGACCCUAAGAGUGCAGAUCCACGCAAACUGUCGCAUACGACGGGUUUACUUCUCAGACAGACUCUAUUCAGAAGAUGAACUGCCAGCAGAGUUCAAACUGUACCUCCCAGUUCAGAACAAGGCAAAGCAAUAACUGGGAUACAGCUCAAGAGAUGGACCCAGGAUGGGACUCUUAGUUUAAAAAGGAAACUAUCUGGAGGACAAUGCAAAAAACAUAUUUAUAUUAGCUCACUGUGCUAUGGUUCUUUUAUUUCCUACUUGGUGUCUCUUGUCAUGGACACCAGCGACCAGGCCGUAACUCCGUAUUUGUGCUGUAAGUACAGUGAAGGGUAAGCAGUCCUGUGAGUGAUGGGUGAAUGCUGGAGUUGACCCCGCUGCCUGCCCCAGUGUGGGGGGAGAUACAUUUACCAUGAACUUAAAGAAUUAAAGGUCCCCAAAAGGCAAUUUCAGACCAAUAUUUCUUCCUACGGUUUAUUCUUUGUUUUAUAUAUUCUCUAAAUAUAUGUAUAUGCUAUGGAAUACUCA